UUAAUAUCGACAAAUUAAAUAUCCAAGGCGAGAAUACUAGGAUAUAUUAACAGGGAAUUUUCUCUGAUUUCUGUAUGGAACUGUGGUAACGCCUUACUGAAAUACCAAUAUACGCGACUAUCUUGAUGUUAAACAUCAAAAGUGUCUAUAUGUGACUGAAUUUGCAGGCGAAAUUUAGCAAUAUAGAGAGGUUUCUCAAGACUUGUGUCCACUGAUUAAGAUGAGUAGAUUUGCUCUCAUAUAUUAUGGCCUAUCUUGUCUUCACUUUAGCUUGCAUCACUGCCAAGGACGACUCAGCCUGCCACCAGGUGGAAAAACGUUGACUUUUUUUCCCGGUACACUGAAUGCCAGGAUUGAGUGGUCGCUAAAUGGUACUAUAGUAUUUGGGGAUACUCGAUAUUGGACUUUCAUAAGCAGGAAUGGCUCCAUAAACGUUAUUGCAAGGAUAGUUGAUGACAAUGAGCCCGAAUAUUUUGCAAGAAAUUUGCUCACGGUCGAAAUAGAGAAACCAGCGACUUUGAUUUUAAACAACGUAAAUGACAGUUAUAACGGUGUUUACCGGUUUGAAAUGUGGCCACGAACUGGUUUCAAUCUUAAAUCUGAUGUAACAGUCUAUGUCGCAAUUCGACCUCAAAAGAUAAACGUUAUAUUUUCACAAGGAAAAGCUAAAAUUGGCGAACCAAUAAACAUAACAUGUGAGUCAGAAGGUGUUCCUGAACCACGUUUUACCAUAACUCACAAUAACACCGAGGUUAUUGCUGGUAAGACGUACAACAUACCACAAGUGAAGUGGAGCGACGGUGGAUUAUACGAAUGUAUUGCGAAGAGUAAAUUUGGAAUUGGCUCAAAGUGCCAUUGUUUGACCGUUCUUGGAGGGGCCUCGUCUUCUACGAAAGUAGACCGUGAUGUUGCCGAUAAUAUUGUAGUAUGGCAUAUCGUGGUUUCAUUGAUAUUGGGCAUCGUCAUUGGAUGUCUCCUUUCCUACAUCGUCUCAUGUUCUCGUCGUAAAUUUACAAGUAAAAAGCCACGACAACCAAACCCUGAACCCUCAAAACCUGAGGUUGAUAAAACUUAUCAAGAACUUGAUCUCACAAAAAUGAACAAAGAAGAAAAUUACCAGUCACUGACUGUGAAUCAGCCUGCAAAAAAUGACAAUAGAAACGAAGAUGGCUCCAAUUAUACAGAGCUGAGUCAAACCAGAGAAGCGGAGAAAACCUAUCAGUCUUUAACUUGAAGAUGGAAUAUUUCAUUAUUUUUAAUUAAUACUGGCCGCUUCUUUGCUUGAUUGUGAAAUAUCGAAAGAAUUUACAAAUAUAUAAGGAUCAGGGAAUCCUUUUUUUUGACAACAUCGAGCUAUAAUAUAACUCGAUGACCAAAGAAGGUAUAUUUUUCCGAAAGACAAUUGUAGCUGGCCAUUUUUUUACCUACUAUAUGACCUACAAUGUAAAUUUGGUUUAUUGGCAAGGUCGAAAUUUUCUAAUCCAAUAUACUUUGGACAAAUGGAACAUAGUCUGCUGAUUCGUAAAAGCAUUACGUCAUUUGCUUUUGUUCAUUUGCUGUGUUUACUACAAAACAUCCAUCAAACGUUUUCCGGCGUCAUUGGAUCGUUUGA